UCUCUGAAGUCUACGCUCGACUUUUCAGAUGUCGAUCUUCGCUCUGUUCAUCUAGAUCCAUUUGCCAAUUUACUUCUUCCUCCGCAUUCUCCUUCAACAUUCCCGACAUUUUUGGGCAUGCCACCGCCUCAGCCCGCCUCUCCUCCGCCUAGCCCAGAUAGCUUCACUGCUGACUCGCCCCAGCUCGAGACCGAUUUACUCUUCGAGCUGUGGGACAGCGUUAUUACUGCCCAGGAAGGAGCUAAGCCACCCGAACAGUCAAAUAUUCCUCCAGGCUUGCCAGAUCUCACUUUUCUUGAUGAUGUGGAGUUUGCCAGCUCAUCGGCACACACAGCUGUCCCGUCUGGACUAAAGGCGUCUCCCCUUGAUCUGAUUGGACAGUCUACAAAUACCCAUCCUGAACGAUUUUCCCAGCAGCCGCAUAUGCCAGCAGAGUCUCCUGCAUCUCUCCAACCGUCCCACACUCACUACGCGCCUAGCUCCACUCAUCAUAAUAACGAACCCCUGGUGCAAAACCAACUGUGUCACACUGCGUUCUUCUCCGGUCGGCCUAUGAACACUAGGACGUCAGAUCGUACGAACCAUGCUCUCCAACGGCCAGUAUCGUUUUGCCUACCGCGAUCUGAGUCUUCAUCAGUCCUGGAUCCCGGAAACUUGCAGCAUAUACCUUUUUCUCCAAGCCGCAACAAUCCGCCAGGUCCUGAAGUCUGCAAGAAUGGACUCAGUUAA